UUGAUUUUCGCUUCGCAUUGAUGACGUCACUGCCUAGCGCCAUCACAUCGUUGAGUGUUGUGAUGUGAUGUGAUGUGAGUUCUGCUCCUCACCUUCAGUGAAGCUUCUUCCACAGCGAUUCACCAGUAAAUGCUGGAAUAUUCCCAUCAGUCUAUAAGUGAAGAAGAUAGAUUUUGCGAAUGAACAUUGGAAACAUGAAUGACCCGGAACCCUUCAAAAUAAAGGAGGAAGAUACUGAAGAGCAAAUAGACCUGAAAGAAGAGAACAAGGAGAUUGAAGUACCGAUUGAAGUUGAAGUCAAAACUGAAGAAAAAUCCUUGAGUCCCUCAUUGAAAAGAAAUGUCAAAAUUAGUUUCACUUGCUCUCAGUGUGGAAAGAGUUUCUCAUGCGAGCAGAAUCUUAAACUUCACAUAAAACUUCAUCGUGGAGGGAAGCCGUACGCAUGUGAUCAUUGUGAUAAGAUUUUCACAAUAAAAGGAAACCUUGAUGAACACAUGAAAAUCCACACUGGAGAGAAGACAUACACAUGUGGUCAAUGUGGGAAGAGUUUCGCAGAAAAAGGAACAUUUGAGGAACACAGGAAAAAAUACAUUGUACAAAAGAAGUACACAUGUGAUCAGUGUGGGAAGAGAUUCCCAUAUAAAGGAAACCUUAAGGAUCACAUGAGAAUCCACACUGGAGAGAAGCCGCACACAUGUGAUCAGUGUGAGAAGAGUUUCACACAAAAAGGAGCCCUUAACGAACACAUGAAAAUCCACACUGGUGAGAACCUGUACACUUGUGAUCAGUGUGGGAAGAGUUUCACACGAAAAGGAGCCUUUAAUGAACACAUGAGAAUCCACACUGGGGAGAAGCCGCACACAUGUGAUCAGUGUGGGAAGAGUUUCGCACAAAAAGGAGCCUUUAAUGAACACAUGAAAAUCCACACUGGAGAGAAACCUUACACAUGUGAUCAAUGUGGGAAGAGUUACACACGAAAAGGAGCCCUUAAUGAUCACAUGAAAAUCCACACUGGAGAGAUGCCGUACACAUGUGAUCAGUGCGGGAAGAGUUUCAGAAAAUCAGGUGUUUUUAAAGUACAUCUACUUACUCAUUCUAGAGAAAGAGUAUAUAACUGUGACCAAUGCGGUACAAAAUUUUUUAGGGCAGAUUUUCUGAAGGACCACAUGAAAGUUCAUACAAAGGAGAAGCCUUAUGUCUGUUAUUUGUGUGGAAAGAGUUUUAGUCAGGUGGGUGCAUUAAAAAUACACCAGAAAAGACACAGCGGUGUAAAGGAUCACAUUUGCUCUGAGUGUGGUAAGACUUUUUUUACAGAUGGUGCACUGAAAGUGCACCAGUCAGUUCACACAACAGAAACACCUUACAAGUGUUCACACUGCGACAAAAGUUUCAAACGGCCCAUAUAUCUGAAAAUACAUGAGAGGAUCCACAGUGGAGAGAAGCCACAUGCAUGUGAUCAGUGUGGGAAGAGCUUCAGAUUAAAAGUAACCCUUAAAGAACACAUGCAAAUACACACAGGAGAGAAGCCACACACAUGUGAAAAGUGUGGGAAGAGUUUUGCACAAAAAGGAAAUCUUAACAUACACAUGAAAAUCCACAAUGGAGCAAAGCCGUACACCUGUGAUCAAUGUGGGAAGAGUUUCACACAUAAAGGAAACCUUAACAUACACAUGAAAAUCCACACCGGAGAGAAGCCGUACACAUGCGUUCAGUGUGAGAAGAGUUUCACACUAAAAGAACACCUUAAGAGACACAUGAAAAUCCACACUGGAGAUAAUUUGUACACGUGUGAUCAAUGUGAGAAGAGUUUCAGAAAGUUUAGCGUUUUUAAAUUACAUCUGCGUACUCAUUCUAGCAAAAGGCUAUGUAACUGUGACCAGUGUGGUAAACAAUUUUUUACGACUGAUGCCCUGAAGAACCACCUGAAAGUUCACACAAAGGAGAGGCCUCAUGCAUGUUCUUUGUGUGGAAAGAGUUUUAGAGAGCUGAGUACUUUAAAAUUACACCAGAAAAGACACAGUGGUGUGAAGGAUCAUGUUUGCUCAGAGUGUGGUAAGAGUUUUUUUACAGAGAGUGAGCUGAAAGUGCACCAGACAGUUCACACUACAGAAACACCUUACAAGUGUUUAGAAUGUGACAAGAGAUUCAAACGAUCAAUAUAUCUGAAAAUACAUGAGAGGAUCCACACUGGAGAGAAGCCGUAUCACUGUGAUUCAUGUGAAAAGAGUUUUACUCAGUUAUCUUCUCUAAUCUUUCAUAAAAAAAAAUGCAUGUCUGAAAAUACAGAAAGUAGUUUGAGUUCUGAUCCUGUACUUCCAGAUGUGAUGCUGCAUAGGGCUGCAUCAGAGAUUAUAUUGACAAUCGAUUAAUUGAAGGUUAUUAGAAUUAAUCGACUGAUCUUUGAUUAUUUCACAGAUUAAUCAGUAGGCUUUAACCAAUUAUUCAGCUUCUGCAGGUGGUUAAAAUAUUGAGUUAUAUAUGCUAGAAUGUUCUGUACUGUUGGUCAGAACCUGUAGGCAUGAAGUCAACUGAUUACCCAUUUGAUAAUAAGUACUAGUGUUUCUGUAUCUUAAGUUAGCUCGAGGCUGGAUCCUCUUACUCAUUUUCUACGGCCUUUGGAUGUGUGGAGAACUUUGUCUUCAGUAAACUCUCUGUCAACUUCAA